CGGCAGCGAUUGGAGUGAAGAAGCGUGAUGUCUGGAAGAGGCAAAGGAGGUAAAGGCCUGGGAAAAGGCGGAGCGAAGCGGCACCGGAAAGUGCUCCGUGAUAACAUCCAGGGCAUCACGAAACCAGCCAUCCGGCGCCUGGCUCGCCGUGGCGGGGUCAAGCGCAUCUCGGGCUUGAUCUACGAGGAGACCCGCGGGGUGCUGAAGGUUUUCCUGGAGAAUGUGAUCAGGGAUGCGGUCACCUACACUGAGCACGCCAAGCGCAAGACAGUCACCGCCAUGGAUGUGGUGUACGCUCUGAAACGCCAGGGCCGCACUCUCUAUGGAUUCGGCGGCUGAGGAUGAAGCGACCCUUUUCCAGCGAACCCAAAGGCUCUUUUCAGAGCCACCCAAACUCUCCGAUAGAGAGCGGAGACCUGAGGACGGAGAAGGCAGCGCAUAAGGAGGGAUAGUGUAACGGUUCUAUAACGUGUCAUUUUGCCCAGACAUGACCCUUUCAGAAACGAUACUUACAUGAGUUGUGAUGCUGGGA